AUGCUCAUUUUCGGUUUAACUAAACGCCUGCCUACCGGCGGUAUUUGUAUCUCAAAUACACUUAGAACUGGUCGUGUUGCUCGUUAUACAACACAAGCUACUCGUGAAAAGAUCAUUUUCAAUCGGAAACGAGAACUUGUCAAGUUUAAAAAUGCAUUUAGUGCCGAACCGGAGCUUCAUGUCGUUCUAGGUCCUCCUAGUACUGGGAAAACCGCACUGAUCCGUGAGGUAACGAGUAGAGGCGAUUUCAACCCUAUUUUUAUCAACUGUCGUGGAGGACAAUUUGACACACCAAAGAUGAUAUACGAUUCAAUAUCUUCGCAAUUCGCGCCAUUUUUCAAAAAAUAUACGGAUAUCUUUAAAAAGUUAUUUGAACGGGGAGAAAUCAAUUACAUUAUGAAUGAUAUCCAGUUAAAAAUUAAGCCAUUUGGUGGGGAUCCAAUUACUUCUAACAAUGUCCGUAAGUUGCUUGAUGGUAUUGGUAAUGCUCUCCCGAAUUGGACCCACUGGGAUGGUUACAAGGUGCCUCCACCCAUUUUGGUCAUCAAUGAAGCAAACAUGUUUAGCCAACUUGGGCAUUCGGAAGAGGGAAAAAUUCUUCUUAAAUCAAUUCUGAACUGGAUGGUGGUAAAUACAAAAGAAAUGGGUCGCUUUCAUGUAGUGCUUACCUCUUCCGAUUCAUUCUUUUUUAAUUGGAUCGUAAAUCUUUUACAUAUCCCACAUGCAACCCCAUAUGUUGUUGGAGAUUUGAGCAAGGAGGAAGCCAAAGAAUAUUUUGAAAAGCAUGUUCUUCCUCGAUAUGAAUGCAAAGAGCUUGAAGGCAAAUUUGACCGCGUCUGCAGAAUAACAGGUACACGUAUGCUGAUUAUUGAUAGAUAUGUUAAAGAAUACAAAAAUUACGAUGGAAAGCUUGAAG